CGCUAUAAAAAUAAAAAAUAAGUGUUUUAAAAGAAAAGAAAACAAAAAAAGUAAUUUAAGUAUCUUUCCCAACCCACACAAAAUCCGAUGUUCCAAUUGAUAAGAUUCAUUGAUAAUUAAAUCGGCCAAUAAGUGAAUGAAAGAAGAAAAAAAACUUCGGUGGGUUUUGUUAAUUACAACAACACAAUGGCUUCUCAAAUCUCCACAAAUGAGUCGUCUGAUUAUGAGUUUUUGAUGCAACGUCUGAAUAUAAGUGGUGGUCCAGUUAAUCAUACGCAGCAUGUUGGUGCCAAUUCCAAUAGUACUCCAAGAUCCCAAAGACAAUUGCAGCAACAACCAUCCCAUGAGGAUUAUCGUAUGUACGAACGUACCAAUAUCACUUCUGCGGCUGCUUCAAAGUAUGCCACACCUAAACAAAUUGAACAGUUGCACUUGCAACAACAAUAUUCUCCAAGAUUGGUUGGUGGAGAGGCCCCAACAAAUGGCAGUAAUUCGCCGGUCUAUGAAAAUUUGGAUUUUUAUCAUGGCUCCGGAAGUGGUGUAAAUGCAGGGAAGCAUUUUGAGAGCAUUAAUCGCAAGGCCCAACCACAAAGUCCCGCUUCUCAGGCAAUACAACGUGGACAUUAUAUGGUAAUGCAACCCCCACCCGGUAUGGGUUACCCUAGCGGUGGUAGCUCUAUUCGUUAUGCCCAUACACCGGUACCAGAUCCUGACGCAAAUCCAAUCUAUGAAAAUAUGCGGGUCAUACCUAAUUCUGGCCAACGAGCCCAACCUCAGGCUUCGCCAGCCACAGCCACCAUCUAUCAGCAUCAUAAUAUUGAGGCGGUUUUAUCAUCACCACAACAUCAUGCUAACAUUGCAUCGGGUCGACAACAAAACUUAGAAUUGAUGGAUAAUCAAAGCACCACCAACAAUCUUGGUGUUAACACAUUGGAUUUAUUGGCUUCUCCGAUGCAUCGUCGCAGCACAUCGAAUUCAUCAUUGAAAACGGCUGCCCAGGCAGGACAAGCGGCCUCGUUGUCGGCUUGUGAACCAAAUUCCCCAACCCAGCGUUAUCGUAAUCUCUCCUUACCUAGUACCGCUAUUUCGCCAUCGAAAUCAUAUGCUAGUUCCAACUCGAAUUUGAGUGGUCCAAAUGAUUUUAAAUUGCAUCAGCAUACACCUUUAAAGACGACGCAUCACACUGCCGGAAUAAAUGUCUCCGUCAAUCCCAAUUACAUUGAAGAAAUUAAUAGUUCCGAUUAUGUCUGCAUGACAGCUAAUUUAAAUAGUAGCCCACUAUUGAAAUCUCAAAAGCCAAUCACAACAUCUUAUAAUACUCUGGAUAAAACUUCGAUUGGGGUAUCCGUGCCCAAAUCGAAUCUAACACAAGCCAAUGUUGAAAAUCGUCGAAUAUCACCAACAGGUGCUGCAUCCUCAGCUGCCACUGCCAACAAUAGUAAACUAUUUACACCCAUACAUGCAAGUACUAGCAAUAAUAGUAUUCCAGCCACUUCUCCAACACCAUCAGCAGGCAGCACUGGAGGUUUAGCCAAAAAUCUUCUACCCUAUAGUGUAACACCACCCCGUCCGGCUGGUCCGUCAGAGGCACAAAGAAAAAUCGAGGAAUUAACUCGUCAGCUAGAAGAGGAAAUCGAGCAAAGCGAAGAGCAAGGAGAAUAUUUUGGUAUUUGUCAUACAUGUGGUGAGAAAGUAAAGGGGGCUGGGCAGGCAUGUCAGGCCAUGGGAAAUUUAUAUCACACCAAUUGUUUUAUAUGUUGUUCGUGUGGUCGUGCCCUGCGCGGCAAGGCAUUUUACAAUGUACAUGGUCGUGUGUAUUGUGAAGAAGAUUAUAUGUAUUCCGGCUUCCAACAAACAGCCGAAAAAUGUGCAAUUUGUGGUCACUUGAUAAUGGAAAUGAUUUUACAAGCAAUGGGCAAAUCAUAUCAUCCUGGCUGCUUCCGUUGUUGUAUUUGUAAUGAAUGUUUAGAUGGUGUACCAUUCACGGUGGACGUAGAUCACAAGAUCUAUUGUGUUAAUGAUUAUCAUCGCAUGUUUGCACCAAAAUGUGCCAGCUGUGGCAAAGGUAUUACUCCCGUCGAGGGAACAGAUGAAACGGUGCGUGUUGUCUCCAUGGAUAAAGAUUUCCAUGUAGAUUGUUAUAUUUGUGAAAUGUGUGGCAUGCAGCUAACCGAUGAACCAGACAAGCGAUGCUAUCCCUUGGAUAAUCGCCUCCUAUGCCGUUCUUGUCAUUUGCAGUGUUUAUCAUUGCAAUCUUCCUCACAUUCUGGUCAGGAACCAGUAUGUGCUUCCUAUCAAUACAUGGGUUAGAACCAUAGAUGGGAACCAUUUGAAACUUCAAACCUAAAAAUUGCAAUAUUAACUUUCAAAAUAUUCGAAUACUUAGCUAUGUAAGCGUUGAUGGUAAACUACAAUAACAAACACUAUGCUUUAUAGGAUUUUUUUCUAGCUUAAUAAUGCAGUGGCGCACAAAACUUACCAAUUUUGCAUUUAAACAAACAACUACAAAAUGUAAUGCAAUCUUAAAACUCUAGGAUAAAUACUUUGCUCUAAUUGCAAUGAACUAAUUAAAUGUGAGGGACAAUUUUUUUAUUAAAGACAAUUUAAUUUUUUUUAUAUACCAAUUUAGUAUUAAAUUUCUUAAUAUUCUUAUUUGCCAGAUACUACUUUUUUAUUUUUUAUAUAACAUGAUAUAUAUUUGUAAUGGCAACUUCUGGCGUUUAACAACAUUUUUGUUGCUUGCAACAUUUCCAUAGUUAAGAAAUAAACAUACAACAAUAAAAAAAA